CCCAGCCCAAAAAAAAUUAAAAAUUAAAUACCGCCAACUUCAUUCCUAAAUCGUAAAAAUUUAUAUCAUGCGUCACAAUUUGAUCUUAACUUCUUUGGUGCAAUUACAGUCUGCAAAAGUUAAUGUUCUGAAUCGUAACUUGAGUUAUAGCUCAAGCAUUUUGUUCGAUUCGAAUUCAAGAAUCACCAGUUGUUUCAGGGAAGGCGAUGUCCUCACCGCACGCAAACUGUUCGACGAAUUGCCCCUUAGAAAUGUGGUGACUUGGAACUGCAUGGUUUCUGGGUACAUUAGGAACGGGAUGGUUCAAGAAGCUCGGAAAGUAUUUGAUUCCAUGCCGAGCAGGAAUGUGGUUUCUUGGACAGCCAUGUUAAGUGGGUAUGCGAGGAACGGGAGGUUAGGAGAAGCUAGAAUGUUGUUUGAUUCUGUGGCAGACAAGAAUGUUGUUUGCUGGAAUUCGAUGAUUUCCGGGUAUGUGAGCAAUGGAAGAAUAGAGGAGGGAAGAUCAUUGUUCGAUACAAUGCCAAUUAGGAACACAUCUUCUUGGACAAUCAUGAUCGAUGGGUACUUUCGAUGUGGGAACCCGAGUGAAGCUGAGAGGUUGUUUAGCAUAGUACCAAUCAAAACCAUCUCACUCUAUAAUGCCAUGUUAGCAGGUUAUGCUGAGAGGGGGAAUGUUGACGAUUCUCUUAGGUUGUUUGAGAAGAUGGGAACCAGAGAUGUGGCUUCUUGGACCAAUAUGAUUUCUUGUUUGUUAAAAGCUGGGAAAUUGGUAAAAGCUAGGAGCUUUUUCGACAAGAUGCCCGAAAAGGAUACAGUGGCAUGGACAGCAAUGAUCAAGGGUCACCUGGAGAACAAUCAGAUACAGGAGGCUCGAGAACUGUUUACUGAAAUGCCAUAUCGGGACAUUGUGGCCUGGAACUCUAUGAUCAAUGGCUAUUCUCAAGCUGGAAUGCUGCAAGAGGCCAUUGAUCUUUUCAGCAAGAUGCCACAAAGGGAUAUAGUCUCAUGGAACUUGAUCCUAUCUGCAUAUAUAAAAAAAGGUGAUCCAAACACUGCUACCAGAUUUUUCAAGGAGAUGCCCAAGAAAGAUGUAACCUCUUGGAACACCAUGAUUUCUGGAUUCCAAAACGAAGAAGCUCUGUUGUAUUACAUCAAGAUGCUACGAAAUGGGCUUAGGCCCAACAAGGGAACGUUUCCAAGCAUAAUAUCGGCAUGUGGGCUUCUUGCCAUCCAUGGUUCUGGAAGGGCGAUUCACGCCAGUGUCAUCAAGAAUGGUCUUGAAACCAACAUCAUGAUACUAAGCUCAUUGAUCUCAAUGUACUCUAAGUGUGGAUUUAUAGAAGACGCGUCGUUUGUGUUCCAAACUAUGGAAAAAAGGGAUGUGGCUGCAUGGAAUGCCAUGAUUGUAGGACAGGCAUGUCACGGUUCUUCCACGGAAGCUCUCAGGCUUUUUGACCUAAUGGUCCAAGAUGGAUUUGAACCGAACCACAUAACCUUCACAGGACUCCUAGGUGCCUGUGUUCAUUCUGGGAUGGUUCAUAAAGGCUGGGAAUAUUUCAACUUGAUGAAGAAGAGAUGGAAUUUGGUGCCCAAACAGGAACACUGUGUUUACAUGGUUGAUCUUCUAGGUAGGUCUGGUUUAUUGGAAGAAGCAGUUGAGUUUGUUAAGCAACUGCCUGCCAAUGUUGUCCCAAAGUACGCUCAGGAAACCAUACUCAGCAGCUGCAGAGUCUAUGAUGAUUUCAAGUUGGGCGAUUUCGUGGCUAGGGAGUUUCAGAAGGAUUCAUCUUCUAUGUCUGUUCUUUUGUCAAACACUUAUGCCGCGAGGGGGAUGUGGAAAAGUGUGUCGGAUGCUAGAACUGUUCUAAGACAACGCCGGUUACGAAAGGAAUCGGGGUGCAGUUGGAUCGAAGUGAAUGGGCAUUUGUCUCAGUUUGUGUGCAUUGACAAAUCGCACCCCCAAGCAGGGGAAAUCUACAAGGAAAUAGAGAGCCUUUCUGUCCUCAUUGAGAACUUUGGUUCGUCAAAUUGGCUCCAGGGAGGUGGCCGUGGGCAUGGAGCUUCGCCGGGAAAUCUGGCAGUUGUGGAUGCUCCUCCUCUCAGCGCACCGCUUGAAGCAUGUGUAGAUGUACAUGACGAACCAGAAAGCCCAAGGAGACCCGAUCAGCAAGAAGGCCACGUGGAUGAACCAUGGCUGGGAUUCAGCCGGGAAGAAAGCGUACAUGCAGAGGAGGAUGCCGCCGGCGGUGACCAAAAUGCAGAACAAGAACGAGAUGAGUGGGACCCGUAUGUCCCCUUGCCGCUCCUCCAUUGUUACCCCACCCCCUAUAUCUUCUUCUUCUUCGAGUUCCCUUGCCAGAGCAAUUAAUGGCGCAGGGUUUGAACGGAGGUGGCUUUCUGCUCAAUUCACACCGAUAACAAUGCAAGCCAUCUUUCUUGAUCUUGGUUUUAUUGUCUGUGGAAGAAUCAAGAAUUAAUGAUUCAUGGACAUAACUAUAAUCAGAGAUAAUCUCAUGGGAUGGAUGUUCAACAUCGAUGUGUAACGGAUUAGUUUGUGCCGCACUCGUCCUUUUCUUCCUUGGAUGAGUGUCAAUCGAACCAAGUGGCCUUCCUCUCUUCCUUUGAGGAGCCACGACCUCACCCACACUUCCACUCGGUGUGGAUGUAAUGCCUGUCAUUAUGGCAUUUUU